GGAGAAUUGGCCUGUGCAUCUCAAGUAUUUCAGAAUCUUGGGCACCAAGAAUGAGAGAAAAGAUUCGAAACUCGGCGAUGGUGCCUAACAUCUUCAUGAUAUGAUGAGAAGGCUUCUGGGUGGUUUUGGACGACAUCAUGCCAGCAACACCGUUCCAGGUUGAGGCGUGGACAGAGUAUGCCAUUGGAACUCUGAUUAUUCUCGCGCGCAUUGCCUGUCGAUGUUCGAUAGUCGGCUGGGACUGGGAGGGGGACGAUUACUUUGCCGUAGUUGCCAUUUUCUUCUGGACCGGAGAGUUGUGUAUGCUUGAGCUUAUAGGGCAAUAUGGUUCGAUUACCGGUAUCAACGACGAGAUAGCCCUCAGCCUGACACCAGAAGAAACGAGGCGAAUUGUUGUCGGCAGUAAAUGCUUAUUCGCGGGAUGGAUUCUAUAUGUAACAAUGAUUUGGUGCUUAAAGUCAUGCAUGCUCUUCCUCUUUCGGAGAUUGACGCUUGAUUUGCGGCAAAUGCAACUUGUUAACAUCACUUCGGGAAUUUGCGUUGCGGGAUAUGUCUCAACGAUCAUCGUAAUGUUAACGAAGUGCUUGCCUAUCCACAAGAAUUGGCAAGUAUAUCCUUAUCCAGGAGAUGCUUGCGCUUUGAACAUUCCAAACUACCUGGCACUGGUGGUUACCAACGUUACGACCGAUCUGAUGAUAUUGGCCAUCCCACUCCCACUGCUCUGGAGAGUACAAAUGCCCCUUAUGCGGAAAAUCGUUUGCUCGCUUUGGCUGUGCAUGGGAAUUUUUAUCAUCAUUGCAACACUCUUGCGAUGCAUUCUCUGCUUAAAAGAUGUAUCGUCCAUCAACCUCGGAACCAUCUGGUCUAUCCGAGAGACAUUCUCUUGUCAGUUCGUCGCCAUUAUCGCGGUAAACGCACCGAUCCUCGGCCCCUGGGUGACAAAGAAGGCUUCCGUGGUUGCAUCUCGUGGCUCGAAGAGUAAGAGUAACCAGUCUGGUGAAACAGGCUCAGGACCCGGACUCGUCACAAUUGGGCAACAGAGUAACCGCCUGGAGAGAUUAGGGAAAGAUGGACGAGCGCACAAGACUGGCUGGACGACAAUUGAUGACGGCAGUGAAGAGCACAUUGUUGGCCAAGAUGAGGACGCGGCAAGUCGGGAUACGGAGUCUCGAGGUUUCGAGUCUCGAUAGUCUGGAAUGAGAGCUCGAUUCUAACAAUACCUGACUGGAUUCUGGGGAAUUCGUUUCAGUCGACCACAUCAUUUCUCAGAUAUGAGAAAAUAACAUGUAAAUACGAUACUGAAAGACGGUUUCAAUCCGCCACGAUAAUAAACACGUUCGAGGCGACCGAAAUAAAAGACCAU